GAUGGACAUUGCAGCCGGCGGCCGCCGGGAAGGCGCGGCCGGGCGGUUGAAUCGCCCCGGCGCGGCGGCACCUUCGGAGAGAGAGACAGCGCAGUUGCCUGCCCGGCCGCGGGCGUUGUGAUUCUGGUUGCCGCGUUCCCUUCGGGUCCGCCAGUGUCUGUGGGGGCCGUGGCAGUGAGUGCCCCACCUGGAGGCGCGCGCCUGCUGGGCUGGCUUGGCUCGCAUCAUGAGCCGCCCGCGGAUUUUAAGGGCGCGGACGUUACGACCCCGGAGAAAGAGGCGGAUCCUGUGACGCGAGCGAAAUUUAUGGCAGAGACCCGAGGCGCGGGAAGCAAGGACGCCUCUAGCCCCAGCAUGGUCAUCGCUGCCGGGCACGAGGACAACGGUAGCCCCCACGGCGACAAGUUUAAAACGCUCGGCGGGUGCGUGCUGGUUCGCGACGCGGUCAACGGGUUGAAGAAGAUUGCGAAGCCCCCGGCGGGCCUGUUCCGCGCGAAGGGCCCCAGGCAGACAGGCCCGGCCGCAGGCGGGCAGGCCGCCCGGGCCGGGGCGAGCCAAUGCAGAAACGGGGCGCGGUCGUCUGUAGUGCGCAGAA